AUGAGAGCACGGGAUAAUUUGAAAUGCACGCGGAAGCAGCCAAUCAGAGGCCUUCGCGCCCAGAGAGCGAGAGCGUCAGCGACUUCCAGUUUUAUCACAUCGAUGAGAAUGCCGACGGUCAAGUUUCAGCACGGAGACACGGUGAUGGGCCGCUGGCCGGGCAGCAGUCUGUACUAUGAAGUCAAAGUGCUGAAUUUUGACUCCAAAAGUCAACUUUACACUGUCAUCUACAAAGACGGGACCGAGCUGGAGCUCAAGGAGCAGGACAUCAUGAACGCUGUGAGUUUCCAGGGUCGCUUACGUUCCCGGUCUCGCUCGCGGUCUCCGGGGCGACGCCGCAGUCGCUCUCGGUCUCCGGCAAGAACGACUCGCCGCUCGUCGUCUCGCACUUCAACAGUGACCACAGAGAGCGCCACGACACGACGAGAGCCCAGGAUCAAAGAAGUUUUGGAAGUCCGCCUCACUCCUAUGAAGACAAUACCCACAGACAACAACAAUAAGCCUGAACACAGAGAAGAGACCAGCGCCGCUGCCAACAAAGUCAGUCAGACCCCAGUGUCCAAGAGUGAAGUGGAGCCGGAGAAGGUCCAGAACCGCUACAACCUGCGGCGCCGGAAAGACGACAGUGACGUCAAACCAGCAGAGCCCAAAGAGGCCGAGGUGGAGGAGGCGCCCCCUGUGGCCCCCGCCCCAGCCCCCACAACGCUGGACUUUGGAGGCAAGAUUGGGGCGUACUUCUGGCUGCUGUUCCUGCCGGCCUGGGUCCUGUACGUGCUGCUGCAGGUGAACCAGGCCGACCCCAGCCUCACCAACCCCCCCGCUCUGCCCGCCCUGGACUCCUUCUGGGACGCUCAGGCCUUUGGGAUCGUGGUGCUGUGGAUGUGGUUCCAGGCUGUGCUCUACAUCCUCCCCGUCGGAAAGCUCAGUGAAGGCAUGCCGCUGCGCUCCGGAGAGAGGCUGAAGUAUCGGACUAACGGGUUCUUUGCCGUCACUGUGAGCGCUGCUGCAGUUGCGGCGGGCGUCCACCAGGGGGUGGACUUUACCUACAUCCACAGUCACUUCCUGCAGCUGGCAGCGGCUGCUCUCCUCAUCUCGCUCCUUCUGAGUCUGUAUCUGUUCGUUCGCUCUUGCAGCCUGAGCCCGGAGCAGCUGGCGUUAGGCGGAAACUCAGGAAAUAUCCUCUACGACUUUUUCAAAGGAAGAGAACUAAACCCACGGAUUAAGAGCUUUGACCUGAAAUUCUUCUGUGAGAUGCGUCCUGGACUGAUCGGCUGGUGUGUGAUAAACCUGGGGAUGGCUCUGACUGAGAUGAAGCUGCAGCGGCUUCAGGCCCCGUCUCCGGCCAUGCUCUUGGUCAACGCCUUCCAGCUCCUCUACGUGGUCGACGGACUCUGGAAUGAGGAGGCCAUUCUCACCACCAUGGACCUGAUGCACGACGGCUUCGGCUUCAUGCUGGCCUUUGGGGACCUGGUCUGGGUGCCCUUCACGUACUCGCUUCAGGCCUAUUAUCUGGUGGUUCACCCCAACGCCCUGAGCCCCGUCGCCGUGGCUCUCAUCGUCACUGUCAAGCUGCUGGGCUUCUAUAUAUUCAGAAAGUCCAACUUUGAGAAGAACGCCUUCAGGAGAAACCCCGCAGACCCCAGACUGUCUCAUCUGAAGAGCAUCCCCACAGCCACAGGGAAGAGUCUGCUGGUGUCAGGCUGGUGGGGAGUGGUCCGUCACCCCAACUAUCUCGGAGACCUGAUCAUGGCCCUGGCCUGGUCUCUGCCGUGCGGCUUCAGCCACCUGCUGCCCUGGUACUACAUGUUAUUAUAUUAUGAUAUAAUCCUCUCCUCAGGCUUCAGCCACCUGCUGCCCUGGUACUACAUGAUCUACUUCAUCAUUCUCCUCGUACAUCGAGAUUCCCGGGACAUGAGCGAGUGCAGGAGAAAGUACGGCUCGGCCUGGGACCAAUACUGCCGGACGGUUCCCUACAGAAUCAUCCCUCGUGUUUACUGA